GUGAGCAGGAGGAAGAGGAGAAAAAACGACAAGUGGCCGAAGUGGUCAGAGAGAAGGAGGAAGAAGAUAGGAGGGAAGGAGAGAAGAUCUGAGAAGAGGAGGCGAGAGAAGCAAGGAUCAAGUCCACGAUUCUGCGGAUUCUGUCACAGCGUAAGGAAUCAACGAUGAUCGGAUCAGCGCCUCAGCCGGCUACGGAAUCGAAGAAGCGGUCACCGACAUCUAAGUCAUGCAUGUUACGCGACAUCCGGAGCUACAUCGCGCAGUCAGAGGACGACAGCGAGGAGGUGAAGAUCGAAGCCGACAAGCUUAUCGAAGCGCUGGAAUACCGAAAGAAGCACCGUGCUAGUGUAAUUGGGAGUCGGGCAGCGACAAGCUGGGUGGUGAAGAGUCCGGUAACGAGGAAAGGGAAGGCAAAGGUUGUCGAGACAACAGUAGAUGAUCAAGUUUUUGAGACUCCAAAGAAGACGUGUCCUGCUGAAGCCUCGAGCGAGGGACUUGUGGAAUACGCACUCUCGCAAUCGAACGAGUUAAGUGGACUUAAAGCGAAGGAGAUUAGAAAGUUUAUGAAGGAUGUGGAGGAAGUGUCAUCACGAGAAGCGAUUGUACGGAUUCGGGAGUUGAUUUUGAGAAGGAAGGCUAGAGAAGCAGGUGACACGCGACCGCUAUUAAUUAGGGACGAAGAGAAUUACCUGUCUAUGUUGUUUCUCCUUUUCGCAGUCAAGGGACUUUUACCUUGGUUCCGAAAGCUCUUGAGAUUCGUGGACCCAAACCAUGUGGAAGUUAACUUGUCUAGCGUGUACGUGGUAGCUAGUUUGAGUUGUCGGAGAUUGUACAUCGGUUGUACGGUACGAAAGAUUAUUUCGAGGUGGGCCGAGCAUGUCCGGUACGCCAUGUCAGGGAAGGUUGGGAAUGCCCCGAAACUACACACAUGGUUAAAGUCGUUCGGAUGGCAUGAUUACGUUGUCAUCCUUGUCACUAGUGGAGUAGAAGAUGGGCUUGAGGCCGAGCAGUCACUUAUCAGGAGAUUCUCACCCUCCUUAAACACUAUAGGUCGCAUCAAGAGUCGCAAGAGACGGCGUAGCAGAAAGAAGGUGGCAGAGGACGGGGCGCAUUAUUCGGGUGGUGCCAUCACCUACGAGUAUGAUGGAAGAGCGACAUCGAGCUUAGGUCAUAUGCAGGGACGGUAUGUAAUGGAUUAUGGAAGAAGGUACAAGAGAAAUAUGGGAAAGUGACGAUCGUGGUCAAUAUGACAAGGAGGAAGUUGAGAGACCCCAAGAAGGAGAUUGAGUCCAGAUGCACGUUCCGAAUCGUGCAGCUGACCACGAC